UUAUUUUCCGUCAAACGUUUGUCAAGGCUAAGGAAAUCUCCCCACAUUAUCGCGGAAAUCAAUCCCAAGUCUUUCCAAUCCAAUCAAGAAAAUGAGUUUGCUAAGCAUCUGGCAGUACGAGGAAGAUUCGAACAAGGAAUCCAUCGAAUCGUUGAAAAAGGAGCUCGAAGAAUCCAAAGAAUCCGAGAGGAAACUGCAGGAUUUGUUGUUGGUUCAGACCAAAGAGUUGGAGAAAACCAAGGUUUCGCUCGAGGAAUCGAGGAUAGAAAUCAAGUCCUUGCUGGAGAAACACGAGAGCUCGUCCGAGAUCGCCUCCCAGGGCUCCACCAGCGAUGAUCACUCUCCGGUCGAAUCCCUCGAACACGAGCUUCGAGUCACGAAAUCAAACUUGGCUAAAACGCAGGAGAAGGCCAAGAGUCUGGCCGAAGAGGUGAUGAUGUGGAAGAACGAGCUGCGACGCACAAUCGAAGCCGAGGAUAACAACAAGAAAGCCAUGGACGGUUUGGCUUCGGCAUUGCAGGAAGUGAUAAUCGAAUCGAAUCAAACCAAGGACAAGCUCUCUUCAACAGAGGAAGAGCUGAAGAAGACCAAAAAGGAAGUGGAGGAAUUGAAGGUGAUGCUGAAGAAAGUCAAGGAUCAAUGCGUGGACGAACGAAGAGAAGCCGAUCGACAAAAGAACAUCGCCGAGAGAUUAAGGGCAGAAGCCGAAGAAUCGAUCAUCGCAUGGAGUGAACAACAGAAAGGGUUCGUCGAAUGCAUUAAAAAGGGUGAAUUCGAAAAGAAUGCUGCACGAGAAGAGUGCAAAACAUUGAAGGAUUCACUCAAAGAAGCAGAGGAAGCCAACAAUAAAUCCAGGGAUGAGAUUCAUAAACUAAGGGACAUAAUGAGACAGGCUUUAACUGAAGCAAAUGUAGCCAAAGAAGCGGCUAUUGCUGCUAAGGAAGAAAUUUCCAAACUCAAAGACGCACUUGCUCAAAAGGAAGAAGCUUUGAAAUUGCUUAACCAAGAAAACGAAAGGCGUGCGAGAAGCAAAGCAAGCGCGCGGUCGAAAUCACCGGCGAGAAGGACCGCGUUGAUGACGAUGAAGCAAUACUCCGAAAUGGACGAUUCCGAGCAGUGUAAGGAACAUAUCGAUCAUGAUAAAGGAAGCGAACAACCUACACUAAGACCAAGAAGAUCGCCAUCACCGUUACCGGUGCUGAGGAGGACUGCAUUGUUAACAGUGAGGCAGUGCUCGGAAAUGGAUAAUUCCGAGCACGGUAAGGAACAUAAUGAUCAUGAUCACGAAGGCGAACAUCCAACACUACCAAAAAGACCACCAUCACCGUCGGUUGCGAGGAGGACCGCAUUGUUAACGAUUAAGCAGUACCCUGAAAUGGAGAAUUUCGAGCAGGGUAAGGAACAUAACGAUCAUGAUAAAGAGGUCGAGCAGCCCACACUAGGACCAAAAAGACCACCAUCACCGAUACGGACGAUGAGAAAGGCCAUGUUGAUGACGAUGAAGCAUUACAAGGAACAUAAUGACCAUGACAAAGAAAACGAACAAUCUGCACCAAGGCCAUCGAGAUCAACAUUAGUGUUACCAACGGCAACGCCGAAGGUGAGAAUGAGCGUGUCGAUGACGAAUUUGAAGUUGUGCUCGGAAUUGGAGGAUUCCGAACAUGGUAAGAAACAAAAACCAACGGAUUCAACACAGGAACAUAGUGAUCAUGAUAAAGAAAUCGAUCAAUCCACACCAAGACUAUCAAGAUCAAUACCAGCAUUACCAGCAACAAUGACGGCGGUGAGAAUGAGCACGUCGAUGACGAAUUUGAAGUUGUGCUCGGAAAUGGAGGAUUCUGAGCAAGGUAAGAAACAGAAACCAAUGGAUUCAACACGUCAUGACAAGGAACGUAAAGACCAUGAUAAAAGAAAGCAAACAAUGUGCACCCGGAUCACCACCGUUACCAGCAACAAAGACAACAAUGAAAUGUUCAGAAAUGGAGGAUUCUGACCAAGGUGAGGAAAAGGAAC